AUGUCUGUCGUGUCUCGUGCCAGUCGUAUCCGGAACCCCGCAUUGUUCGUCUGCGAUAUCCAGGAUAAAUUCCGCAAUGCAAUCUACGAAUUCCCCAAGAUCAUCGCAACAACCGACAAACUCGUCCGCGCCGCAAAAAUCCUCUCAAUCCCAACCUACAUCUCAACACAAUCCCGCUCCAAACUCGGCCCCACAAUCCCCGAACUAACUACCCACCUCUCCGGCCCCCACAUCCGCGCCGACAUCGACAAAACCCUCUUCUCAAUGGUAACACCGGAAAUCGAAAAACUGCUGCCCGUGAAAGCAGCAGACCCGCUAGACGUAAUCCUCGUCGGCAUCGAGACGCACAUCUGCAUUACGCAGACGACGCUGGACCUGCUCGAGCGCGGACAUAGAGUGUACGUUAUCGUGGACGGGGUUAGCAGUAUUAACGCUGAGGAGAGGGGGAUUGCGUUGGCGCGGUUGAGGGAUGCGGGGGCUGUGGUGACGAGCAGUGAGAGUGUGCUGUUUGAGAUUUUGGGGGAUGCGGGACAUGAGAAGUUUAAGGAGAUUAGUGGGUUGGUUAAGGAGACCAAGGAGGAGACGAAGGGGGCUUUGGGUGCUUUGGGGGUGUUUUCGAAGAUUUAG